UUUUUAUUUUUGAAGGUUGUUUCAUUUUUUUACCCAAUCAUAGUAAUCCGCCCCGACCGGCAGCCGAUCGUCCCGUCGAUGCUAGGUCGAUAAACACGCCGUUUUAUGACUGUGCUGCUACAAUUCGGCUUUAGCAUAGCAAAGCUCAGACCAGCGCCUAGCGGGUGAUUGAAUCAGGCGGGGAACAACUUCCAGUGAUGGACGAGGAGAUAGAGGAGGGAAUGCUUAUAGAAGACGAAACCGAGCCCCCGCCGUCGGAGAGCAAUACCGGGAAAAUUUCUCCUUACGAAACGCUGCGAGAGAGUAAAAGUUCCGUGGAGGAGAUUGUGACCAAGAUGCUCUCCAUCAAGAAGCAUGGCGAGUCCAAAACUCAGCUCAGGGAACUUGUUACCCAGAUGUUCCUUCACUUCGUAACCCUUCGCCAGGCGAACCGCUCUAUUUUGCUGGAAGAGGACCGAGUGAAAGCUGAAACAGAGCGUGCAAAAGCUCCUGUUGACUUCACCACUCUGCAACUCAACAACUUGAUGUACGAAAAAAGUCACUAUGUCAAAGCUAUAAAGGCCUGCAAAGACUUCAAAUCGAAGUAUCCUGAUAUUGAACUCGUGUCUGAGGAUGAGUUUUUCCGGGAUGCGCCAGAAGACAUCAAGAACUCCAUUAGGUCAAAAGACAGCGCGCACAAUCUGAUGUUGCAGAGGCUUGACUAUGAGCUUUACCAGCGCAAAGAACUUUGCAAACGUCGAGAGGAACUGGAACAACAUAAGAAAAGCCUUUCAGAAGUCAUUGCCAAUAGAAAGAAAUUCUUGUCAAGUCUUCCCUCACACCUCAAGUCCUUGAAAAAGGCAUCCUUGCCUGUACAGAAUCAGUUGGGAAUAUUGCAAACAAAGAAAUUAAAGCAACACCAACUAGCAGAGCUACUUCCACCUCCUCUUUAUGUGAUCUACUCGCAAUUCUUGGCACAAAAGGAAGCUUUUGGUGAACAUAUUGAUUUGGAGAUAGUAGGAAGUGUCAAAGAUGCCCAAACUUUUGCACGCCAUCAAGCAAAUAAGGAAACUGGUACAUCAACCAAUGCCGAGAACUCCAAGUUGGAGGAUGAUGCUCCCGAUGAAGAUGAUGAUGGCCAAAGGAGGAGAAAACGGCCAAAGAAGAUUCCAGGAAAGGUGAGCAUUGAGCAUGCAGGGAUAUAUCAAGUUCAUCCGCUAAAGAUCAUCCUUCACAUAUAUGAUGAUGAAACUUGUGAACCCAAGUCAAUGAAAUUGCUUUCUCUGAAGUUUGAAUGCUUGUUAAAGUUGAAUAUUAUUUGUGUUGGGAUCGAAGGAUCUCAUGAAGGACCUGAGAAUAACAUCUUAUGCAACCUGUUCCCUGAUGACACUGGCCUUGAGCUGCCCCACCAGUCAGCCAAGCUUGUUGUUGGUGAAACUCUUGCGUCAUUUAGUGAUAAGAGGACCUCUCGACCGUAUAAGUGGGCCCAACAUUUGGCUGGAAUUGAUUUUUUGCCAGAGUUGCCACCAUUGGUGAGUGGCCAAGAAGCUGCCAGUGGUGAAACUGUUAAAAGUGAUAUUAUAUCAGGCCUCUCAAUGUAUCGUCAGCAAAACCGCAUAAAGACAGUUGUGCAAAGAUUACGCUCUCGGAAAAAGGCUCAGCUGGCUCUUGUGGAACAGCUCGAUUCACUUGAAAAACUCAAAUGGCCAGUUCUGACAUGUGCUGACGUCCCAUGGGUUUCACAUAAACCUUCAUGCUGUUUGCAAGGUUGGUCGCUCAUGGGUCACCGUACAAGCCAGACAUCAUCUUUGACUACAAUGGAGAAAGAGAAAGUUCAGGAUACUGUAGAUGUUGAUAUGCUUGGAAAAUCUGGCAUUUCAAGAGAAGAGAUCGAUGGUGCUAGGGAAGAUGGGGAACUUCCCGCUCUAGUUUCAGCUACAUCUAUCUUAAAUAAGCCUCAACUUACUCCCUUAAAAACAUCCAAUCUUGAGCAUUCCAAACAGUUGACUCUAAUUUCCAAAAGCAUUACACCUCAAACCAAUUACUCUAGGAUGCAAAGUUUCAAUAAACAUGAUGAAGAGUAUGAGUUGAUGCUAGAUGUUGAUUAUGAUCAGGAUGAGCCCGUGCAGCCCGAGCCUGCCGCAGAUGAUGUAGCUUCUAUUCCUUCCAACAUGACAAAAAAUACAUGGAUCGAUUAUGGGUCCAAGGAAUAUUGCCUUGUUAUGACCAGGAAUGCUGGUUCCCCCGCAAAAAAUCUUAAAUUGCAGGCUAAGAUUAAAAUAAGCAUGGAGUACCCUCUUAGGCCUCCUCUCUUCACUUUGAAUCUUUACACGAUAAAUUCUGAAGAAAACCGUGAUCAGAGUGGUGACUCUGAUUGGUAUAAUGAACUUCGGGCCAUGGAAGCUGAGGUGAAUCUUCAUAUACUUAAGAUGCUGCCCGUGGACGAAGAAAACUAUAUAUUGUCUCAUCAAAUAUGUUGUCUUGCAAUGUUAUUUAACUAUUGCAUCGGUGAGGCACCCCUGUUCUCUGAAAGGAGAAAGAGUAGUUCUGUCAUUGAUGUUGGAUUAUGCAAACCUGUCAGCGGUAGCCUACGUUCCAGGUCAUUUAGAGGAAGGGAUCGUAGGAAGAUGAUAUCCUGGAAAGACAUUGAAUGCACUCCCGGCUAUCCUUGCUAAGAAUUUUCAGGAUCUUAAAAUUAAAAUUAUUAUUGCAGUGCCUGCUGCUGGGGAACACAAAUGUGAUGAGAUGAUUUCUUCUCUUGCCAGUUUCUCCAGUAUUGAAAUAUUGAUUUGAUGUCAUGGCCAUGGGUAGCAAGAUACCCAAUUCUUCAGGAUUGUCGUCGCUCGUCUCCAAGAUACCCCACCUGCUUGAUUUAAUACAAGUUUGAAUGUUCUGCUAAACUGUUUCACUUUCUUCUAGUGCAUUUGUUUCUGUAUGUCCAUUGAGGAUCGCCUGUAAAAUAGACUCUUCGGAAAUGUUGUAACAGGCAUACAAUUCCCUGGCAUUUUAAUUGCAGCUCUGGAUAAUGUUAUACAGAAUUUUCAGAAGUGGUGUGAAGCUUUCAAGUGGGUAUGAAGGAAAUUAAAAUUUGUUCUGAA